AUGGCUGAACUCCCCGACAGCGACAAGGUGUUUAGGGACACCGCUUUUAUGGACAAAAACAAGCACAUCUCUAACAAAUGGAUUCGGAUUGCCGAACUGUACCCCGACGGCAUCCACGAGCCUCUUCUUCCACGGGCAUUAUCCCGUGAGCAGUUUGGGCAGGGCAAUCACUAUGAAUGCUUUAUGCUUACCACCCUGUCCACCCUGGUGCGUUUCCCCAGCGUCAUCCAGAACUGCUUUGUCUCCAAUCACGUUCGACGGGAUGGGCGUUACACGUUCAAGUUUUUUCGCGGCAAGGAGUGGGAAAAGGUGGAGAUUGAUGACUACAUCCCCCUCGAGAAUGACGGAGAGCUUUACAUUCGUUCGCCCACCCGACACUGGUGGCCCCUGCUCCUGGAAAAGGCAUACGCGAAAUUCUACACCAGCUACGAUAAUCUUGAGGGCUGCACCCUGCAGGAGGCGUACUACGACCUGACUGGCAACCCCGUGCUCAACAUUCCCAUUGACGCGCAGGUCGCCAAGGCCGCUGGGGCUGACGUAAUGGAGGGCCACUACUGGCUGGACCUGGCGCAGAAGAUCCAGUCUGGACAGUUUGUGGCCUCUGUAUUGACGAGGGAUAUGGAGGGUGAGAAUAUGGGCAUUCAGAGCGAGCAGCACUACGGUGUCCUUGAGAUCUUUUCGAUGACAGGCACGUCGUCAGUGGAGGACAUUGUCAUCCACCUACACAACCCCUUUGAGGAUGAGGAGUUCCGCUAUACCGGCCCCUUGAACAGCAAGGACUCACGGUGGACGUCCAAGCUACGUGCCAAGUACAAAGUGGAUGACGAACGCUCCAUCUUUCUCCCACUCAACAACUUCCUGAAGAUUAUGAAUUCCAUGCAGCUGUGUUAUAUUUCCACAAUAGAUGGUGACGCUACGUACUUUGAUGACGAAUGGAAGGCGAGACCGCUGGCGGCA